AUGUCCUCCUUGACAGGCCAAGAAUCUUCCAACACUCAACCUAGAAACCCAGUCAACUCUGGUGAAGACACUGCCGGAACUUUCAAAGGUGAUUCAAGCGUUCCAUUCAAGACGGGUGGGUCAACAGACCCUGCUGGCUUGAGCGUUCCAGCGGAUAAGUCUGCACCAGGCCAGCAAAACGCCUCAGGCACUUCGGAGCAACGCCGCGGAGAAGACGUGACGCAGAACACUAAGCAAGAGUACGAGGGGAGCAGCAGUGUGGGACAAAAGACAGGAAGCGAAAGUUUGAUCGAUAGUAUAGAGAAGAGCGUACACGAGGGUGGUGAGGCAGAUCGAAGUGGAGUAGACGUUGGGCAAGUCAGUACUGGGCGAUAGGUAGUCAGAUACAGGCAUCUGGUUGGCUUGCAUGUUUCAUUAGACUUAAGGUACAGGCUCUUUCCUAGACAUUAGGUAUGCCUUGUGCACCUACAAUAGCCUCAAAGAUUGGCCUGAAGAGGCUGCAUCUAUAAUCGAGACCAGACUGUGGCAACACAGUAACACCACUUC